UCGUCUGUCACUGUUAGAGAGUGUUAUAACUCACAUGGAAGAAAGCCGCUGAGCUCAUUUUAUUUGUUUACAAUUUAAAAUAAAGAAACCAGACAUCCUCGUGGUUGUUUUUUUUUCAUAUAAAAAAAUACGGACAAAAUAACUAUACAAUAUGGGUAAAAAAAGGAAGCAUGCUGAAAAUACAGAUGACUUUGAAUACGAUCCUAUACCUCGACAUUUAGUUACAUCGCACAUUCAGAAACAAGAAAAACGUUUAAUCGUUGUAUUAGAGAAUGCCCAGUUAGAAACAGUAAAGAAUGGCAACAGUUUUGAAUUGUUAAAUUGUGAUGAUCAUGCUAACAUUUUAAGAAAAAAUGAUAGAGAUCCAGGUUCAUGUCGUCCAGAUAUCACUCAUCAAUCUCUUCUUAUGUUAAUGGACUCGCCACUAAAUAGAGCAGGACUUUUGCAAGUUUAUAUUCAUACAGAGAAAAAUGUUUUAAUAGAAAUAAAUCCACAAACUCGUAUUCCCAGGACAUUCAAAAGAUUUGCUGGAUUAAUGGUCCAGCUACUGCACAAAUUUUCAAUUCGAGCAUCUGAUGGCCCAAUGAAACUCCUUAAAGUUAUUAAAAACCCAAUUACGUCACAUUUGCCUGUUGGAGUGAAAAAAAUCACUAUGUCAUUUAGUUCUAAAGUUGUUAAGAGUUGUCGGGAAUUAGUACCUAAAGAAGAACCAAUUGUUAUGGUUAUAGGAGCAAUGGCACAUGGUAAAAUAGAGGUAGACUAUUCAGAAGAUGCAAUAUCUAUAAGUAACUAUCCUCUAUCAGCUGCAUUGACUUGUGCAAAGAUUUGUUCAGCAUUCGAAGAAGUAUGGGGAGUAGAAUAAGAUUUUGUUUGGUAAUAAAAAUGUUAUUAUUAUAAACUAUACAUACACCAUAAA